GACCCGCUCGCCUUGCUGGGCCACCAUGCCGCGUUCUUUCCUUGUCAGGAAGCCCGCUUGCUCUCGCCGGAGACCCAACUACAGCGAGCUGCACGAUUCGUCCUUAGAGUUCGCCAUUCAGCAGCCCUACGACCAGGCCCACCUGCUGGCAGCAAUCCCGCCACCCGAGGUCCUCAACCCUAGGGCCUCACUGCCCACGCUCAUCUGGGACUCUCUCCUGGUACCCCAAGUCCAGCCCAGCGGCUGGGCCUCCCUGCCACCCCAGGAGGGCCCGAAGGCCAGCGAGCUGACCUCUCUGUCGGAUGAGGACAGUGGGAAAGGUUCCCAGCCCCCCAGCCCGCCUUCGCCAGCUCCCUCGUCCUUCUCUUCUGCCUCAGCCUCUUCGCUGGAGGCCGAAGCCUUUGCUGCCUUCACGGGCUUGGGCCAGGUACCCAAACAGCUAGCCGUGCUCACCGUGGCCAAGGACCCCCAGUCUCGGAAGGCCUUCAACUGCAAGUACUGCGACAAAGAGUACGUCAGCCUGGGCGCCCUCAAGAUGCACAUACGAAGCCACACUCUGCCCUGUGUCUGCGACAUCUGUGGGAAGGCCUUCUCCCGGCCCUGGCUGCUACAAGGCCACGUGCGGACCCACACCGGUGAGAAGCCCUUUUCCUGCCCCCACUGCAGCCGUGCCUUCGCGGACCGCUCCAACCUUCGCGCACACCUGCAGACCCACUCGGCCGUCAAGAAGUACCAGUGCCGGACCUGUUCUCGUACCUUCUCCCGCAUGUCCCUGCUCCACAAGCACGAAGAGUCAGGCUGCUCCGGGGGCCCCCGGGGGCCCUAGGGCCACUUUGGACACCCCUCCAGCAUGCUCCCCCCACUCCAGCGAGAAGGACCCUUCAGGGCCGCUGAAUUCCCUUCUGAGUGGCCCAUUCUGGCUGUGCUGUGCUGGCCUCGUCCCGACAAGGGCCCUUGUCCGGUGGUCUUCACAGCUGUGAGAGGCUGGUGGGCUCUGAACGAGGCCUUUCUGCAGACCUUCCCAGCGGUGGGCAGUUCCAGUUCCAGAGCAUUCCCCGGAUCAUGGCCUCUCUUAGAUGGGGGGUGUGUCUGUCCAAAGCUGUUUGGAUGUAGGUGCUUUGAGUCAGCCAACCAGACUAGGACUCACCCACCCCCACCCAGAGGCCCCCAUUCCUCCCCCUCUACUCAGGCCACCUCUCUGUGAGGUGUGGCUCUAACUAUGCAAUAGCCCACCCCCUGGCGUGUCUGUGGGGUGGUCACAGGACACAAGCGGGUCGAGACCCCACUGCCCCAGGCCUGGGCAGCUAGUUCAGCCCCCUGUGUGUCACGGUGGCACCUGUUUUCACAGGCAGUUGAACAACUUCUCAAAAGGGACUGUGAGGAAUUGCUGUCACUUGUUGAAGCCCCAAGCAGGGUGCUUUGACCUGACCCAGCGGGUCUCCCAGCACUAUUUUGGGGGCUCAACAGGUGGACCUGGAAGGAAGAUGUUUACAUUUUUUUUUAAGGUACACUGGUAUUUAUAUUGCAAGCAACGUUUUGUACUAAGGAGACAUUUUGUAUAGUAAUAUGUACAGUUUAUUGAUAUUCAAUAAAGCGGUUAAUUUAUCUAUU